AUGGAGUGCCGUCUCAAGAUCAGCAAGAGGGAUGGAAGUGAGGCUGUCGAUGCAACACACUACAGGAGUGUGAUUGGUAGCUUACGCUACCUCGUCAACACCAGGCCCGACAUCGCCUAUGCUGUUGGGAUCGCUAGCCGGUACAUGGAAGCUCCAAGCAAGCAGCACUGGGCGAUCACCAAGCAGAUUUUGAGGUAUGUGCAGGGCAUAAUUGGCUACGGGUGCUACUACAAAGCAGACUCGAAGGGGCCGGUGUUAACAGGCUACAGCGAUAGUGACCUCACCGGAGAUAUUGAUGAUAGGAAGAGCACUUCCGGGGUUGCAUUCCUGCUCGGGAGUAGCAUCGUCACAUGGAGUUCAAAGAAGCAGAAGGUCGUGGCGAUAUCAUCGUGCGAGGCGGAGUAUGUUGCAGCGGCUAGCGCCGCGUGCCAGGGUGUUUGGCUCAGCUGCCUGCUCGGCGAGAUGGUUGGGCGAGCUCCAGCGAAGUUCAAUCUCAAGGUGGACAACAAGUCAACUAUUGCACUCUCAAAGAAUCCGGUGCACCAUGAGUGGACCAAACAUAUAGACACGAAGUACCACUUCAUCAGGUCAUGCAUCAAGGAGGGAAAAGCUGACAUUGAACAUAUUGGCACAAAUGGGCAACUUGCAGAUCUUCUUACCAAGGCACUUGGGCGAGUCAAAUUUGGUGAAAUGAGGCAGAUGUUAGGUGUCGUGGAGGUGAAGGCUGCACAACGGGCUUAA